CUUCUAGGGGCCAAAAGGUUUCCUUGGUUUCCAGGGGCCAAAGGGUGAACCUGGAUUGCCUGGACCAGCUGGCCCUGCUGGCCCCCCAGGCCCAUCACUAAAUAUUACCACAGAAGAACUUAAGCAGAUGCUGUAUUCUUCAGAUAAACCUUCAUUCCAUAUUGUAUGGGCAGUUCUGAAUGGUUUGGACAAGGAAGUUCGACUACUGAUUGACCCUCCUAAUGGCACUAAAGAAAACCCAGCCACAACCUGCAAAGAGUUGCUUAUGUGUCAUCCAGAUUUACCUGAUGGCUACUAUUACAUAGAUCCUAAUCAGGGCUGUCCCCUGGAUUCCCUGUUAGUGUACUGCAACUUUACAGCAGGGGGAGAGACUUGCAUCUUCCCAUCGCAAGAUCAAGUCCCCAUGAAGGCUUGGUUGAAAGAGUACUCCAGAAACAGAUUUGAAUGGCUCAGUUUGCUGCCUGGAGCAAUUUCAAUUGAAUAUUCUGGAGCUGGCACAGUUCAGUUACGCUUUCUGAAGCUAAAUAGUGCAUUUGUAUCACAAAAAGUGACCUAUUCUUGCAAAUCCAGUUCCACUCUAGUGACAGAUGGUAACAAGCAGAGGCAGCGGCAGAAAGAUAUCAAAUUCUUAGCCAACACCAGAGAACAAAGCUUCUUGGGCACCUUAACUGAAUGUUCAGAUGGUGCAGAAGGUGUGUAUGAAGACACAGUAUUCCAUUUUGCCACUGAACAACUCGAUCUGCUACCGCUGAGGGAUCUGGCCAUCUUUAAUAUAGGCGAUGACUCCCAAGAAUUUAGUUUCAUAGUUGGACCUGUAUGUUUUAGCUGAAACUGCUAAUUCAAAAGUAUUUUUGGAGGAAAAGACACACAUUUUGUACUGCUUGCAGGAACAAAGGACAAGAAAAUACAUUUGUUUAAAUAUAUAGAUUCCGUUGAUGUAGCUAAAGUGAGCUACAUUUUAUUUCUAAGAUGGCAUUUUACAGAAAUUAUGCAAUAGACUCGAGUUCCUGCCAAAGGUAACAGAUAUUGUUUACAGAGACUUUUUAAUGAAAAAAGGUGCUAAUUUAAUGAAUGAAAUGUCUUUUUAUGCUUUUAUGUAUGACUGACAAGUUAUACUACUUGAGACCACAUUUUCAGUAUUCCAUGUUUUAACACUAAGCACAAACUUAAAUGGGUUAGUGGCUUUAGUCUCAGAUCUUUUUAGGUGGUUGUCCAAUUCUAUAGAGAUCUGCAUACCUAGUUAAUGUCUCUGUCUGUCUGACAUAUAUACAAGAUCCACAUUUUUGGGAACUGUAGAAAUUCUGCAGGAAAGCUAUGAUUCUCUGUUGCAGAAUAUGUUCAUUGCCUGUUUCAGAGGUCAAAGUAGAAAUAUGUCAGGUAUUGAUAAGGGUGCCUGUUAUUGUUAAUAUGUGAGUAAUGCUAGCAUAGGGAAGGGAACUGACCAAACUUAUAGUACAGUGCAUUCAGGGUUGCUGCUACAAGAAAGUGCUCUACCCUAACACAAUGUUUCUAAAAUAAUGGCUUUUGUUAUGAGCUAACAGAAUACAGACUUGAAAGGCAGUUAGACCAUAUCUUUCUCUAAAGAAAUCAUAUCUUCUACCCAGCUGGAAAAUGUAAAGAAUUAAGUUUGGUAGUCUUUCUAUAACAAGGAAAUGAUUUCCCUGAAUAAUUUAUUUCCUUUGUUCUAGUAGUCAGUUUGUAUACUCACCAACACUGCUGCAGUGGUUUGUUUACCCUAGUUGUCUGUAUACUCAGCACUGUUGCAGUGGUCCUUGGUUAUAGAAAUGCAAACGUAUGGAAAGGUGCCAUGUGACUCUUCCUUUGAGUGUUACAGGUUCAUAGGUAGGUACUAGGCUAGCUGCCCUUGUGGGCUAUUUUAAACCUAGCUAGUUUCCCUUUUUGUGUUCGGAUUAAGCUAUCCCAUUUAGUUACAGAUUGAACUUACCCAUCCCAUGGUCGAUAGUUUUAUAUAUAUAUAUUUGCAUGCAUUACCCCUAAUGAGAAUAACUGGGAUCAUAUAGUUUGAGGGGAUCCAUGCAAGCAAACAUGAAUGAUAAACAGCUGGACAACUUGGGUGAAGACAAAAAAUUGCCUUUCAAUGCAUGAAGAAAAAACAUUUUUUUCUGUCUUAUGUUUACAAGAAACAAUUUUUAGUACUUUGUGACUUCUGCAAGACUGUUUUUUUUUUUUAUUUAUUGUGGAACCACACAAAGAACCUUUCCAAACAAAAUGUAGAAAUGAAAUGCAAAUGUCUCUCCUGUGCAUAAAACAGAACAUUCAGUUUAGGUUUUAAACACUGCUAAGAACAUAACUUAUGUUUGUCAUUAUCAGCUUCUGUUUAGCAUGAUAUCUCAAGCAUCAAUUUUCCACAGAAGCCAAUGAAUCCACCAGUUGCUACCAUAUUUUUUAGGAUCAUCCAAAUGGUAAGCUUUGAAAAGCUAGCAGUUUUUCUCAUAAUUAGGCAGAACAAGUUGCCAUUCUAUUAGUCUGUAGAAGUUUUCCUCAUCCUUUUCUCCUUAAGCAGUGUCUGUAUCAGUGUCAGUCUUGCCUCCUCCAAACAAACUUUCUCUCAUUCUCUACUCUAUCAGCUGUAGACACAGUCAACAGAUUUUCAGAAUUCACUCACCUACUUCCUGUCUUUCAGAUCAUUUUUCACUUUUCUCAUUUUUAAUAUUCUGUGCAAGUAACCCUCCAUGCCACAAUUUUGGCAGUGUUUACUAAUUAUUGUAUUGUAAUCCCAGAUGACCUGAUGGAUGAAGACAAUAAUGUUAUGAUUUUUGUUUUAAUAAUUCUCUUUCCCUCAAGGUGUGCUGCAUAACUUCUCAUUUAUAACACUGCUCAGAAUUACAACUUGCCUUCACAUUUUCCAGUCAUACUUUUACUAUUUUUUCAUUUUCUCCUCAGUAAUUUUAUUAUUUCUUUAUUUAUUCUUGUUUUCAUCCCACUCAUGCAAAUAGUAGUUGUUGGGGGUCAGUUAUAGGGAGUGGGAAGUAAAUGGAUUCAGUAUGGCAGCUAUGCAUUUCCAGUAAGGAGAAGCAUCUAUAACCUUAUCCAAAUCCACCAACACUGGUAUGGAGACUGGUGUGGUAAAUUGUCAUUUGUGUUACAUACACAGAAACAGCACUGGAGCUUUGUCAUUCUCUUCAGUUUGAUCAACAUGUUUUCCUACUCAAAACUGUUUGGUCUUUGCAAAUUCUUAAGUUGAGUUUCAGGUACUAUGGAAAAUUUGUAGCAGUGUUUUGUUUAAUCAGGUCCAAGCAGAUAAGUGGUGGGAGUUUUGAUUUUGGUGUGAUGGUUUAAGUUCAACAAAACAAAUAUGCAGUUACCUUUCUA